ACCGUGAGGUGGAUACGAGGGCAUAUUGUGUGGGUGAUGAUCUGGCGAGCUGUAGCACCGGCGGGUGACCUGCUGCAUUGUCACCUUUCUCUCGUGACGGCAAGGCCAGAUGAUCUGGAUGGAGUCCGCGCGGUGCAUGAUAUACCUGUGCUCCCCGAAGCUCCGCAGCCUACGAGAGCUGGAGGCGCACCGGAUGCACCUGUCUGACAUCGCCCCCCACGACACCACCAGGGACCUCAUCCUCCUGAACCAACAGCGGCUGGCAGAGAUUGAGCUGUCCAACCAGCUGGAGAGGAAGAAGGAGGAGCUGCGGGUCCUCUCCCAGCACUUGGCCAUAGAAAAGAAGAAAACCGAGACCUUGCUUUAUGCCAUGCUGCCGGAACAUGUGGCCAACCAGCUGAAGGAGGGCAAAAAGGUCGCUGCGGGUAAAGCAUUCCCUCCCCUUCAUGGGUGCCUCUGGGCAAGAGUAGCGGUGUGCCUCAGGGGAGAAUUUAAAACCUGCACCAUUCUCUUCAGUGACGUGGUGACAUUUACUAACAUCUGUGCUGCCUGCCAACCUAUCCAGAUAGUGACCAUGCUGAAUUCCAUGUAUUCCAAGUUUGACAGAUUAACCAGUGUCCACGAGGUCUACAAAGUGGAAACUAUAGGAGAUGCCUACAUGGUGGUAGGGGGCGUACCAGUGCCCAUUGGGAGUCAUGCUCAAAGAGUGGCUAACUUUGCUCUGGGGAUGAGAAUUUCUGCAAAAGAAGUGAUGAAUCCUGUUACUGGAGAGCCCAUCCAGGUAGAGAGAAACUGA